AUGGAGCCCCUCUCGUUCCAGGAAUACAUCUGUGCCCUGGACCCCGCCACCCUGCCCCGUGUCCUCAGGGUUUGCUCCGGUGUCUACUUCCAAGGGUCUGUGUACGAGAUCUCAGGUAACGAAUGCUGCUUGUCGACGGGUGACCUGCUGAAGGUCAUGGCGGUGACACUGCAGAAGGUCACCUGCGAGGACACAGAGACAGGGCAGACAACGGAGCUGCCACCAACAUUCAAGGGUUUUUCCCAGCCGGCCCCAGCCCCAAUGCCAUCCCCGACGCUGCAGGGACCCUUCCUGGAGGGUGGCAGACAGCGAGGCCUCACGCUGCACCAG